UGGUGCGGGAGCGCCGGCCUGGACGGAGUUGUGGUGCGGGUCUGAGCCCUCGUCGCCGUCCGCCCCCGAGCGUGUGCGAGCUUGCGGCCCGCCUCCCUGACGUCCCGUGCGAGUUGUCGAUUCGGAUCCAGAGCGCCUGUUUGUUUGUUUGUUUUUGUUUUGUUCUGGUGUUUUUUGCUCUUGGUCUGUCCCCGAAUACUCGGCGUUUCGCGCGGGAGGAGCGGCGGAAGAAGGGGACUCGAGGCUGAGUGACUCCUGCUCCGGUCUCUCCACGCAAGGCUGGCCCCCGCCGGGGUGAGGUGUGCUGUCCUUCGCCUGUUCUCGGGCUCUGGCUGCAGGAUGAACUGCCGGUCGGAAGUGCUGGAGGUGUCGGUGGAGGGGCGGCAGGUGGAGGAGGCCAUGCUGGCCGUGCUGCACACGGUGCUCCUGCACCGCAGCACAGGCAAGUUCCACUACAAGAAGGAGGGCACGUACUCCAUCGGCACGGUGGGCGUCCAGGACGUGGACUGUGACUUCAUUGACUUCACCUACGUGCGCGUCUCCUCUGAGGAGCUGGACCGUGCUCUGCGCAAGGUCGUUGGGGAGUUCAAGGAUGCACUGCGGAACUCGGGUGGCGACGGUCUGGGCCAGAUGUCCUUGGAAUUCUACCAGAAGAAAAAGUCGCGCUGGCCUUUCUCGGAUGAGUGCAUCCCUUGGGAGGUGUGGACAGUCAAGGUGCAUGUGGUGGCCCUGGCCACGGAGCAGGAGCGGCAGAUCUGCCGGGAGAAGGUGGGCGAGAAGCUGUGUGAGAAGAUCAUCAACAUCGUGGAGGUGAUGAGCCGGCACGAGUACCUGCCCAAGAUGCCCACGCAGUCAGAGGUGGACAACGUGUUCGACACGGGCCUGCGGGACGCGCAGCCUUACCUCUACAAGAUCUCCUUCCAGAUCGCCGACGCGCUGGGCACCUCCGUCACCACCACUAUGCGCAGGCUCAUCAAAGACACCCUCGCCCUGUAGGCCGCGCGGGACCCUCGGCGUGGAGCUCUGGUGAGACUUGGAGAGAAGCCCUGGGCGUCCUUGCUUUGUGCUCACCAGCUUUGCAGUGCUGCGGCCCUGGACGCAGCGGUGCCACACCGGCCAUGGUGGGCUUCGCUGUCCACGUUGUACCGAGCCACCGUGAGGUGGUAAAUAAAGCUGACGUGCGAGAUUG